ACGCUCUGGGGCAGCUGCGGGAAUGUCCGUGCACACCCGCGGGGUUCCUGUGAAGCCAGGGCCCUGGGUAGCCAAUCCCCCUCGCCCCGUGACGCGUGCUGUGAGAAGCCCCGCCUGGGUGGAGCUGCGCACGCGCAGUCGCGGAGCGCGCGCCAGGCCCCCGCCCCCGCCCUGCUGCGCCGCUGCCUCAGUCAGCCUGGAUCUGGUAGCCGGACUGGAGGCCUUCUGGGAGCUUGAGUCGCACGUAAAUAGGGCUUUCUAGCCAGAGUCGCCUGCGGCGCUGCGAAGAAGGUGUAGCCAGGGAGAGGGUGGAGCCAACGACUGUGACGGGCUUCCCGGCUGCCCGAAGUGGGAGUGGUGGGGUUGCAGGAAGGAGAGAGGAAGAGGAGCAGAAGAGGGCAGCAGCGGCUGCCACUAACGGCCUCCCUGGGCGCUGACAGGCUGGGUCGGCGCCCAGUUCGCUGGGCAGUUCGUGCCGCCGCCUCGGCCGCUCGGCCCCUGGCUCGGACUUGUGGCGCGGGGCGAGGCGGAGGGCUGCUGUCGCCGCGCAGGCAGAGGCCCGGUCCUCGCGGCCGAGGCAUGUGAGUGGGAGCCGAACCCGCACCGGAGAGCCCCGGAGGGCCCAGCCUUCGGACGCUCGGACCCUUGCUCCCUCCGGGGUCUUCGCGGACCGUGGCUGGCCGGAAGCGUCGGGUUUCGGAAGCAGGCAAGGGAAGAUGUGAUCUGUUUCUCUUCUGCAGAAAAAGAGGCCCUUCCUCCCCUUCCCGCGAAGCCAAAUGUUCUGAAAAAGAUUCUGCAUGGGAAUGGCUUGCCUCACAAUGACGGAAAUGGAAGGAACAUCCACAUCUCCUGUACAUCAGAAUGGUGAUAUUCCUGGAAAUGCUAAUUCUGUGAAGCAAAUAGAUCCAGUCCUACAGGUCUAUCUUUAUCACUCCCUUGGGAAAGCUGAGGGGGAUUAUUUGAAGUUUCCAGCUGGAGAGUAUGUUGCUGAAGAAAUUUGUGUUGCUGCUUCUAAAGCUUGUGGAAUCACACCUGUGUAUCAUAGUAUGUUUGCUUUAAUGAAUGAAACAGAAAGGAUCUGGUAUCCACCCAACCAUGUCUUCCAUGUAGAUGAAUCUGCCAGGCACAAUGUACUCUACAGAAUCAGAUUUUACUUUCCUUACUGGUACUGUAAUGGCAGCAACAGAACCUAUCGGCAUGGAAUAUCUCGAGGUGCUGAAGCUCCUCUCCUUGAUGACUUUGUCAUGUCUUACCUUUUUGCUCAGUGGCGACAUGAUUUUUUGUAUGGAUGGGUAAAGAUACCUGUGACUCAUGAAACUCAGGAAGAAUGUCUUGGGAUGGCAGUGUUAGAUAUGAUGAGAAUAGCCAAAGAAAAGGAUCAAACCCCACUGGACAUCUAUAGUUCUGUCAGCUACAAGACAUUCUUACCAAAAUGUGUUCGAGCAAAGAUCCAAGACUAUCAUAUUUUGACAAGGAAGCGAAUAAGGUACAGAUUUCGCAGAUUUAUUGAGCAAUUCAGCCAUUGCAAAGCCACUGCCAGAAACUUGAAACUUAAAUAUCUUAUAAAUCUGGAAACUCUUCAGUCUGCCUUCUACACAGAACAGUUUGAAGUAAAAGAACCUGGAAGAGGUCCUUCAGGUGAGGAGAUUUUUGCAACCAUUAUAAUAACUGGAAACGGUGGAAUUCAGUGGUCAAGAGGGAAACAUAAAGAAAGUGAGACACUGACAGAACAGGAUUUGCAAUUAUAUUGUGAUUUUCCUGAUAUCAUUGAUGUCAGUAUUAAACAGGCAAACCAAGAAGGCUCAAAUGAAAGCAGAAUUGUAACUAUUCAUAAGCAAGAUGGCAAAAGUCUGGAAAUUGAACUUAGCUCAUUAAGAGAAGCUUUGUCUUUUGUAUCGUUAAUUGAUGGAUAUUAUAGAUUAACUGCAGAUGCACAUCAUUACCUUUGUAAAGAAGUAGCACCUCCAAUGGUGCUUGAAAAUAUACAAAGCAACUGUCAUGGCCCAAUUUCAAUGGAUUUUGCCAUCAGUAAACUGAAGAAAGCAGGUAAUCAGACUGGACUCUUUGUACUUCGAUGCAGUCCUAAGGACUUUAAUAAAUAUUUUCUGACUUUUGCUGUUGAGCGAGAAAAUGUCACUGAAUAUAAGCACUGUUUGAUUACCAAAAAUGAGAAUGGCGAAUACAACCUCAGUGGUACUAGGAAGAACUUCAGUAACCUUAAAGAUCUUUUGAAUUGUUACCAAAUGGAAACUGUUCGUUCAGACAGUAUAAUUUUCCAGUUUACUAAAUGCUGUCCCCCAAAGCCAAAAGAUAAGUCAAACCUUCUAGUCUUUAGAACCAAUGGUAUUUCUGAUGUGCCAACCUCACCAACAUUACAGAGGCAUAAUAAUGUGAACCAAAUGGUGUUUCACAAAAUCAGAAAUGAAGAUUUGAUAUUUAAUGAAAGUCUUGGCCAAGGCACGUUUACAAAAAUUUUUAAAGGUGUAAGAAGAGAAGUAGGAGACUAUGGUCAACUGCAUGAAACAGAAGUUCUUUUAAAAGUUUUGGAUAAAGCACAUAGAAACUACUCAGAGUCUUUCUUUGAAGCAGCAAGCAUGAUGAGCCAGCUUUCUCAUAAACAUCUGGUUUUAAAUUAUGGAGUAUGUGUCUGUGGAGAGGAGAAUAUUCUGGUUCAGGAGUUUGUAAAAUUUGGGUCACUGGAUACAUAUCUGAAAAAGAAUAAAAAUUCUAUAAAUAUAUUAUGGAAACUUGAAGUGGCUAAACAGUUGGCAUGGGCCAUGCAUUUUCUAGAAGAGAAAACCCUUAUUCAUGGGAAUGUGUGCGCCAAAAAUAUUCUUCUUAUCAGAGAAGAAGACAGGAAGACAGGAAAUCCUCCCUUCAUCAAACUUAGUGAUCCUGGCAUCAGUAUUACAGUUUUGCCCAAGGACAUUCUGCAGGAGAGAAUACCAUGGGUGCCUCCUGAAUGCAUUGAAAAUCCUAAAAAUCUAAACUUGGCAACAGAUAAAUGGAGUUUUGGUACCACUUUGUGGGAAAUCUGCAGUGGAGGUGAUAAGCCUCUGAAUGCUUUGGAUUCUCAAAGAAAGCUACAGUUUUAUGAAGAUAGGCAUCAGCUUCCUGCACCAAAGUGGACAGAAUUAGCAAAUCUUAUUAAUAAUUGUAUGGAUUAUGAACCAGAUUUUAGACCUUCUUUCAGAGCCAUCAUACGAGACCUUAAUAGCUUGUUUACUCCAGAUUAUGAACUACUAACAGAAAAUGAUAUGUUACCAAAUAUGAGAAUAGGUGCCCUAGGGUUUUCUGGUGCAUUUGAAGACCGAGACCCUACACAGUUUGAAGAGAGACACUUGAAAUUUCUACAGCAACUUGGCAAGGGUAAUUUUGGGAGUGUGGAGAUGUGCCGGUAUGACCCUCUACAAGACAACACUGGAGAGGUGGUGGCUGUGAAAAAGCUCCAGCACAGUACUGAAGAGCACCUCAGAGACUUUGAAAGGGAAAUUGAAAUCCUUAAAUCCUUGCAGCAUGACAACAUUGUAAAGUACAAGGGAGUGUGCUACAGUGCUGGUCGGCGUAAUCUAAGAUUAAUUAUGGAAUAUUUACCAUAUGGAAGUUUACGAGAUUAUCUUCAAAAACAUAAAGAACGGAUAGAUCAUAAAAAACUUCUUCAGUAUACAUCUCAGAUAUGCAAGGGUAUGGAGUAUCUUGGUACAAAGAGAUAUAUCCACAGGGAUCUGGCAACAAGGAAUAUAUUGGUGGAGAAUGAAAACAGAGUUAAAAUAGGAGAUUUUGGGUUAACCAAAGUCUUGCCACAAGACAAAGAAUACUACAAAGUGAAAGAACCUGGUGAAAGUCCCAUAUUUUGGUAUGCACCAGAAUCACUGACAGAGAGCAAGUUUUCUGUGGCCUCAGAUGUUUGGAGCUUUGGAGUGGUUCUGUAUGAACUUUUCACAUAUAUCGAGAAGAGUAAAAGCCCACCAGCGGAAUUUAUGCGUAUGAUUGGCAAUGACAAACAAGGACAGAUGAUUGUGUUUCACUUGAUAGAACUUCUGAAGAAUAAUGGAAGAUUACCACGGCCUGAUGGAUGCCCAGAUGAGAUUUAUAUAAUCAUGACAGAAUGCUGGAACAAUAAUGUAAAUCAACGCCCCUCUUUCAGAGACCUAGCUCUUCAAGUUGAUCAAAUAAGGGACAGUAUGGCUUGAUGAAAGAAAUGAACUUCAUUCUGAGACCAAAACAAACUUACAGAACAAAGUUUUAUAUUUUACAUUGCUGUAGACUACUACUGCGUACAUCAUUAUUAUGUAUAUCAUGAUGCUAGCCUGCAAAAGUAUGAAAAUACCUGCUCAAAACCUUCAAAGUCUAGUGAGUUUACCUUCACGAGGACACCAGCCAAAGACACUGAUGAAAAGUAGAGAGUUUUGUAAACAGUUUUGUGAACCUUAUCAGUCAGUUAACAUUCAUCUUUCUUUGGAAAAAGAAGAAAAAUAGACUUUUUUUCAGCUUGGAAUUAUGAGAUGAAAAAAUUGUAAAUGUUUUAGAUGCGCAGAAUACAUGUGUACAGUUUUUACAACAGUGAAUGUAUAAUACCUUGG